AUGUGGAAGGUCAAAAUGAUGGCUUCAAGCUGUCUGACUUCCAGCAGCUCGAUUUCCCUCAUGGAGUCGAUACUUCUUCCUCAUCAGACGAUCCGUGCGGCCACAACCGUCACCCAUGCAGGCUACAAGCGAAGAGAAAGGAUACAAGAAAGCUCAGCAUAUGGUGGAAAGCAUACAAUCAAGCCGGAGGCAUCGUUAGCAGCAAGGCCAAAAUCAAGAACACGCGCUUUUCAAGGGUCAACACGCCAGCAAGACAAGGUUGCGAGUCCUCCGUACAAUAAUAAGGACGAGAGAAGGAGUAAUUAUGCAUAUAGCAUAAAGAAUGUACGUAAGGAUACCUCUACCUCCUUCUUUGUCAAAAAGCAGUCCUCAGAAAGCACAUCUGCCGAUGCUCCUCAACAAAUACAAGAGAAAGGUCACAAAUGCUUAGAGGACUCACAGACUACAGCCUCAAUAGAACGUGAUACGCAGUACGUACUCGACAGAGAACAAGCCGCAGAAGAGGAAGCGCAAAGGCGAGAUGAGCUUUCCACAGCUCAAGAUCGACUGCGGGAAUUUUUCUCCAAGGCCAAACAGAGCAGUAGCGCUCUCGCCUCACCCAAAGUCACAUCUGCAUCUAUCCCAGAGGCUGAGAGUCCGACGCCUGAAGACGAGGCAUAUGCAGCCAUCGAAGGAACACGAUCAAGGUCGGAGAUCGAAAGGAAUCAAGAAACAGUCGCAUCUGUGUCCGAUACGUCUUUGACAUCUCCCAAGUUUACGCGUCCCACUCUUGCUCAACUUCAAAGUGUAGAAUUGGAUCAAUUUGCCGGACUCUACCAGUCUCAGACUGCCUGGAAUCCGAACCAAGACAUUGUGCUCAUGCAAGAUGGUCCCGAGCGCAAGUCGUUGGUUCGCGAGGGGCUUAUGCAAGGUGGUCGACAAUACAUUGUUGUCAUCUUGGAUGGGGACAAUCUGCUCUUCGAUCCUCGUCUACUGAACAAAGGCUACGAAGGAGGCAAGUUCUUCUGUGAGGAGCUACGUCAACGCAUCGCCAAGAAGCAUCGCUUGAUACCACAAAAGCUCGAUCUACGCAUCCGCUUUUUCUCUUCCCAGAAUGCGCUAGCCAGCGUCCUUUACCAAAAGCGAGUGGUUAGGAAGGAGCUUCUCUUCGACUUUCUACAAGCCUUGACGGACGCUAAUCUGAACAACUAUGUCGUCAAUGUUGGACGGGGGUUUCAAGCAGCCGAUCUGCGAGUCAAGGCCGCUUUGGUUGAUGCGAUCCUAGAUCCAGGAUGCUUUCGUGCUUAUUUGGGAGGCUUGGAUGAUUUCGGAUAUAAAGAAGAUCUCAAUGCGAUCCAUGAAAUGGGUCUUCUUGAAAGCAGGGUUCACUUGAUUCAAGUGCCAGGCUACGCCGUCGAGUCCAAGGUGUACAAGCGAUAUGCGCAUCGGGCGAUCGACCUCGAUUACCUGUUCAAGAAUCAAGAGACUGCUCUGCGGAGCAUGGAGAAUUAUAAUCGUGAGGCGUUUGACACCGUUGAUGAAGUGACAAAGACGACUACGUCGACACCGUGCGUCUUUUACCAUCUCACCGAAAAGGGCUGCUUGCAAGGUGAUAUGUGCACUUACUCGCAUGAGCCCAUCUCAACAGCUCACAAAGAGGGUAUCAGAUUUCGGCUCAAGCAUCGAAAGUGUCCUACCCUCUCAAGGGGUGAGGAAUGUCACUUUGGCGACGAUUGUCUUUUUGCGCACUGA